GAAACUGCUGAUAACGUUGGGCAGAGAAACGCGUUGAGGACCGUGGCAACUGCUAGCCCCUGAAAGGAGACCUCUGUUUACCACUCUUAACCUUGCUUCUGCUAAAUUAAUCCUCCCCAAUUGGUGCCUGGCUGGACAUCACACCACAAGUGCCUACCGCUGUGCUUGAAAAGCCCUGUCUGCAGACUUGCCUAUGGGAAUUUGCUGCUUCUCUUCCGGAUACAUCGAGAUAAGAGCCUUCCAAUCGCACACAGUACAAGCUGCAAUACGCUAUUGACGGGAAUCAGCGGAGACCUCCAGCAUUGGCAUCAGGAUAGAAGAUGUCCCUGAAAGCCUCUACCAGCAACAUCACCAACAAAAAUGAUCCCAAAUCUUUAAAUUCCCGAGUCUUCAUUGGUAACCUAAAUACAGCAGUGGUGAAAAAGAGUGAUGUAGAGUCCAUCUUCUCUAAAUAUGGCCGUGUUGUUGGCUGCUCAGUACACAAGGGAUAUGCUUUUGUACAGUAUCUGAAUGAGAGACACGCGAGGGGUGCUGUCCUUGGGGAGAAUGGACGAGUACUGGCAGGGCAGACAUUGGAUAUCAACAUGGCUGGGGAGCCCAGGCCAAACAGGCCCAAAGGCUUAAAGCGUGCCGCAGCUGCUGCAUUGUACAGCUACAGUAGAGGGAUAAGAGAGGAACAAAAACCAAAAAGGAAAAAGGUGGAAGAGAGUGGCUAUGAUUUUGACUUUGAUUACUACAGAGAUGACUUCUAUGAGAGAUUGUUUGAGUAUCGAGGAAGAGUGUCCCCUGCUCCUCGGGCAGUCCCAGUAAAACGUCCACGUGUGACCGUGCCUCUAGUACGGCGAGUAAAAUCAGCGCUUCCAGUAAAACUGCUAGCAAGAUCAGCAGCCAUCACAGGGAAUGCGGCCAAGUUAAGAUUAAGAAGCAAUGAGAUUCAGACUAUUAAGUCAGAGCUCACACAGAUAAAGACAAACAUUGAUGCCCUUUUGGGAAGGCUGGAACAGAUAACUGAUGAACAGAAGCCAUGCACAGCCAUAGCAGCAAGAAAGAAAUCAGACUGCAGCCGGAGUGAAUUCUCCCAAGAUGACAGCACAUCAGAAGCGGGUGACACAAUUCCAGAUGAGCCUCUUAAUGGAGACGAAGAAGAGCUUGUACAGGACGACUGUACGGAUGACCUGCUUCACCAGAGGGCUUGUGACCUGUGAAGGGAUACGUCUGUGCUUCUGUAUAUAGACUCCUUAAACAUGAGCAUUACAGUCUGCCUCCCUGAGACUCCAGCUUGCUGGUCGGAUUUUCAGAAGAUGUAAAACACAAUGUAUUUAUCAUUUACAACACAAAAAAGUGACCCAUCUGUUGAAGGAAAUGCACAACCAUACCUGAAUAAAUGGAAAACCACUGGAUGAACUUUGGUUAAUAUGUUGGGGAUUGGGGAUAGAAAUCUGACUGCCCAUAAUAAACUGCAUGUUCAGACAGUACUGACCGAGCCAAAAGCAGCAACAGGUUUUUGUAAUUGAGUUGUUAAAUAAUGAUCUACCCAACUAGUGCUGAUGAACGAGGUUUUAGUCAGCUGUACUGUAUUCUAAGCUAGUCUUGAAUUACAUGUUUUGAAUAAAGUAAGAGCAAUCAUUACCUUGGUGUAAAACUGCCCAACUUUCCUACUUUAGCAGUUAACCAUUUUUCUGAAAGAAUUCACUGGCGAUAUUUCAUUCAUUGGGUAAGUGGUUGUAGCAAGCCCAGGUGUGUACAGACUAUGACUCCUAUAUAUAGAUGCCGAUAUUUAUUGCACUGUUACUUAUGGGCUCCAGAGAAUUUCUUAAACCAGAGAAAGAACAGUAAUGGUGUCUUGAUACAUUAAAAAGAGCAGCAGCUUACUCUUUAAAUAGGACAGUGAGGACAUAUGAGAGCUCCAGAGAAAUAUGGGGACUGUUCUGCUGAGAUUGGGAGCACUGCUUCCAUUCUGAUCUUUUCAACAUGUGUUUGGUCCAUGAAUGACCAUGCAAAAAUCUGCAUGUACCUUGUCAUUGAAGUGCUGCAUAGCAACAACUUACUGCCCGCUUCUCUUCCUGUCAUAAAUUACCCACCGUUCUUUACUUCAGCUAAUAUGUUAACAUUUCCAAGGGCUCGUCGGCUUGACCACAGCUCUGCUGAUUAUCAUAAACCAUUACUGAAGGUUGGGCUAAAAUCAGGUCAGUACUUUAUAUUUAUGUUCUGUCCACUAGAGAAGCUCAGAUUUACAUUAACAUAAAGCACACAUUUUCAUAUUACAUAUACAGUACACAUAAAAGUACCUGUUUAGGGAAAGUCUAUGAAACAGGGCCCAGGUAACUAUAAGUCAUUGAUUUGCAGGUUGGCACCACACGCUGGAAACUCUUGCCCUGUGCCAGCAUAUUCCUCCAAUAACACACACAUCUAAUGAGCCCUUUAGUGCAACCUCCUUAUUUGCACUGGUCUAAUGGAAGUUACAGAGUGUCACUCAUUUACAGCAGGGCAGGAAUGAGACGCUGUUUGUAAAUAAAAAGGGAUGUAAUUACAGAUAAAGAUGUUUUCUAACUUUUUUUAAAUACACAAACGUGUUAAAAAUUGGGUCUUUCUUGUAGUAUGGGAAGUAAGUACAUGUUAAUAAAGAGCUGAUGGGUUAUCAACACUCAGGUGGAGAGGGACAGGAUCACACUGAUCUACAGUAUAUUGUGUAUGUAAAAUAUAUAUUGUGUCUACUUUUGGAAAGCGUGCAAAAUGUGUGCAAUUUGAUGCUGUAAAUAAAUGAUCCUGUAAAAUCA